AUGGCCUUAUCCGUCUCCAGCCUCCUGUCUAGCGAUGACUACGAGCACCGAACCUGCGGCAUGCAGCACGGGCUGCUGGCUCAGGUGCGUGUGGCCAUGCAGGCCUUGCCCGAUGAGGGGCCUGCCCAGGAACUCUGCCAGAAAGUGCUGGACCUGCUUCCGGGAGCCCGUGCAGGCGUCCUCCUGGCCCCAGCUAUGGGCAAGGCCUUUGCCAGUGCCGUGCGGGGUGAGGAGCCGGACUUGGUGGUGUGGCUGCUGCCAGACCCGACCGAUGUCGACUCCAAGCAGACCACUUUCGUGAAGACCGGUGCAGAGAACCUGGAGGAGACUUUCAGUGCAAUGUACAAGCUCUCAUGGCCAACGCCCCCUGACGUGGCGUAG